ACGCUCGCGAGCUCAGUGUCAAAAUUUCGGCCCGUUUAAAAUAAAUAGUUAAUUUUCGGGCUCCGUCUCACAUUUAGCAGUGCAUUUUUCCCAACAUUUUUUGCUCGAAGAUUUGGGGUACAAAAUUCUUAGCUGAUUGCAAUGUUCCGCUUUGGCAAGCUUCGUCUCAGCCUGUCGGAGGUGGCCAAAAAGGAGCCGGCAGCAGUGCGUUUGCAGCGGCGCUGCAUUCAGGCGAGGAGUUUCUUGCCGGGAUUGGCCAGUAGGUCGGCUGGAACGCCCUCUGCGACGGCCCAGGUGACCGGCGGCGGCAGCAAGCAGACGGUCCAAUCGCAUUGCCACAACAACGACAGUGGCUCCGAGGAGAACAGCCGCUGGCCAAGGAAGAUCUUCAGCGGCAUCCAGCCCACGGGAUCCCUGCAUCUGGGCAACUACCUGGGCGCCGUGCGCAAGUGGGUGCAGCUGCAGAAUGCCCGCGACGACGUCACCGUCUGCAUCGUGGACCUGCACUCCAUCACCAUGCCCCACAAUCCGCCGCUGCUGCGCGAGAAUAUCUUCACCAUGGCCGCCACGCUGCUCGCCUGCGGCAUAGAUCCCGGCAAGAGCACCCUCUUCGUCCAGUCGGCCGUCGCCGAGCACGCCGAGUUCAACUGGAUACUCAGCUCGAUGACCACCAUGCCGCGUUUGGCCCAACUGCCGCAGUUCCGCGAGAAGUCGCGCCUGCUCAAGGAUGUCCCCCUGGGAUUGUACGUCUAUCCGGUUCUCCAAGCAGCCGACAUUAUGCUUUAUAAGGCCACCCAUGUUCCCGUGGGCGCUGACCAGAUACAGCACAUUCAGCUGGCGCAGCACUUGGCCAGAACCUACAACGGUCGCUACGGCGAGACCUUCCCGGUCUGCAGCGCCAUCAUCGAGGAAGGCGACGCCUCGCGCGUGCUCUCCCUGCGCGAUCCCUCCAAAAAGAUGUCGAAAUCGGAGGCCAACCCCAAGGCCACCAUCAAUCUUUGCGAUUCGCCCGACCUAAUCACGCAGAAGAUCAAGAAGGCCGUCACGGACUUCACCUCGGACAUCACCUACAAUCCGGGCAAGCGAGCCGGCGUCAGCAACCUCGUGAAUAUCCAUGCCCAGGUCACGGGACAGCCCAUUAAGACAGUGGUGGACGAGGCGGCCACCCUGGACACGGCCAAGUACAAGGACCGUGUGGCGGAGGCAGUGGUCGAGCACUUGCGCCCCAUCCGGGAGCAGAUCCACCAUCACAUGACCAGGCGCAACGAGAUGGUCUACCUGCUGGAAGUGGGUGCGGAAAAGGCGCGUCAGCAGGCGCAGCAGACGUUGAACGAUGUGAAACAGCGCCUUGGUCUCGGAACCAGUGUCAAUAUUCCGGCUGCGGUGCAUGUGGCACCCCUGCUGCCCGCACCCGAGGUUUCCAAGACCUCGGCGAGCAGGCGAAUGUCCAAGGACUUUGACGGCAACGUGCACGAACGUCACGAACGGAUGUACGGUUUUGGGGAGCAGCCAAGCGGCGGAGCUGGCCAGUCCGCGACGGGGGAGCUGGCGGAGAUGUCGCAGGCGGCCAUUCCGCGAGUGGCCCGUCGCCCGCCAGUCGUUCCCGCCCAGUCGCUGCGCGUGGAGAAGCAGCUGGGCAGCACACGGACCCGUCACGUCUUCCAGAUGGACACCUGCAAUGCUCCCCACAUUGGCUUUAAGGCGCCGCCUGGAUUUGCAGCCAACAUGGUGACCGGAGGUCUGGCGAAAAACAAGCGACCGACAGUUAAGCCCGUUUCGGGCAGUCUGGGAUUCGGUCAUUCGCAAGGUGGAUCGUUCAAGAGCAGCCAGAAUGUAAACCCCAGUGCUGUGUCCACUAUUGCACGUGAAGUGAACGCAGCCAAGAAGCAGGAGUUCACCUGCAACAUGGCCAACUCUGCCUUCUAUGCCUCUGCCCUCGAAUCGCGUGCGAGUGCGAAUCGUACUAGUGAAAAAACCUCAUCUAAAUCAGGAGACAGUGAGUUCAUUAUUGUAGCGAGCGAAGAGGAGGAACAGAACUCCGCUGAGGAGCAGCGCGACGAGGCUGAAGAGGAGGAGGCUGUGGAUCGGGAAAGGGAGAGUGCCGAGCGUAAGGGCUCUGAAGCUACCACAGUCGAGAUUUAAGUCUAGGAAACAUUGCAAUUGUUAUUGGUGUAGUACAAGUAUACUUAGAUAGCAACAUUUCUGAUAAAUCUGUCGUUUUUAUGAACAUAAUAGACAGCUUCUGCCGGAGAAAACUAGUCAAUAGAAGUACAUGUCGAGAAAAUAGUUGAAUAAUUAUUUUAAAGGCCAAAAAUUGACGUAUCCAAAUCGAAUGACAAACGUGAAACGGAAGUACCAUUGAUCGCUACCAUUAUUGUUAUAUUUAAUUCUAUAUACUUAAUUCUAUAAAAUGUUAAAUCCGACGUGAAUAAAUUGGCUAGCUAAAUUGUAA